GUCGCCGGGGUCGCCUGCGCCUGCGCACUGCGCCACUUUGGUCGUCGCACCCGGCGCAGCGUUGCUCCCCUUACUCUCCCCGCGCCCGGUUGCCCCGGGCAACAGCGGCUUUCCUCUCCCCCCGCUCCCCACCCUGCCCCCACCCCAGCCGCGUAGCGCCAUGUCGUGGGACCCGGUGAACAACCUCUGCGAGCAGCUCGUGAAGGCGGUGACGGUGAUGAUGGACCCGGCCUCCACGCAGCGGUACCGCCUGGAGGCCCUCAAGUUCUGUGAAGAGUUUAAAGAAAAGAGCCCAGUAUGUGUUCCCUGUGGACUGAAGAUGGCCGCGAUAACACAGACUGCUAUUGUCAGACACUUUGGUCUUCAGCUCCUGGAGCAUAUGGUGAAGUUCCGGUGGAACGAUUUGGAUCGGUAUGAGAAAGGCUUUUUGAAGAACAACGUUAUGGAGCUUAUAUCCAAUGGUACCCAGAAUAUUUUAGAGGAAGAAAGUCACAUUAAAGAUGUCCUUUCUCGCAUUGUAGUAGAGAUGAUCAAGCGUGAAUGGCCCCAGCUCUGGCCUGACUUGUUAAAUGAGCUGGACACUCUCUCCAAACAGGGGGAGACUCAGACAGAGUUAGUGAUGUUCAUACUUUUACGACUGGCAGAAGAUGUGGUGACCUUCCAGACUCUUCCAGCCCAGCGACGACGUGAUAUACAGCUAACUCUCACCCAGAACAUGGAGACUAUCUUUAGCUUCCUGCUCAACACCUUGCAGGAGAAUGUAAACAAAUACAGACGCAUGAAAAUGGAUGCAACACAGGAAUCAAAAGCACAAGCAAGUUGUCGAGUAGGGAUAGCAGCACUCAAUACUCUGGCCGGCUACAUUGACUGGGUGGCUAUGAGCCACAUCACAGCAGAUAACUACAAACUGCUAGAGAUGCUAUGUCUGCUCUUGAAUGAGCCAGAACUUCAAGUGGGAGCAGCAGAGUGUCUCUUGAUCGUGGUCAGCAGAAAAGGGAAACUGGAUGAUCGCAAGCCCUUGAUGGUUUUGUUUGGGGAUGUUGCCAUGCACUACAUCUUCUCUGCUGCCCAGACAGCAAAUAGUGAAGGCCUAGUAGAAAAGCACUAUGUUUUCUUGAAGAGACUUUGCCAAGUCUUGUGUUCUUUGGGUAGUCAGCUGUAUGCAUUGGUGGGCUCUGAUUCAGAUGUGGAAACACCUGUCAACCUUGGAAAAUACCUCGAGUCAUUUCUAGCUUUCACAACCCACCCCAGCCAGUUCCUACGCUCUUCCACCCAGAUCACAUGGGGAGCUCUUUUUCGGCAUGAAGUCCUGUCACGUCAUCCUCUGGUGUUGGCUAUGAUUCCAAAAUACCUGCGAGCAUCUAUGACUAAUCUUGUGAAGGUGGGGUUUCCUUCCAAGACAGACAGCCCCAGUUGUAAAUAUUCUCACUUCGACUUUGAUAGUGAUGAAGACUUUAAUUGCUUCUUCAACUCUUUCCGUGCACAACAAGGAGAGGUGAUAAGGAUGGCAUGUCGCUUGGACCCUCGAACUGGCUUCCAGAUGGCUGGAGAAUGGCUGAAAUAUCAGCUGUCUACUCCGGUUGAUAUUGGACCCGUGAACUCUAAAACUGGUGAAGGCUUCUGCUCCAUCUUUUCAGUUUCUUUUGUGCAAUGGGAUGCUAUGACCUUUUUCUUGGAGAGUGUCGUUAGCCCAAUGUUCCGGUUCAUGGAAAAGGACGAGCUCCCAGUAUCCGAUGGCAUAGAACUGCUACAACUUGUCCUCAGCUAUGAAACAAAGGAUCCCCUCAUCCUGUCCUGUGUCCUUUCCAAUGUUUCGGCACUCUUUCCAUUUGUCACUUACAGGCCAGAAUACUUGCCAGAUGUUCUUUCAAAGCUCUUUGCCUCUGUUACCUUUGAAGUUGUAGAAGAAAGUAAGGCCCCAAGGACCCGUGCAGUGAAGAAUGUGAGAAGACAUGCCUGUUCCUCAAUAAUCAAGAUGUGCCGGGAUUACCCUCAGCUUGUCCUGCCAAAGUUUGACAUGCUGUAUAACCAUGUAAAGCAGCUGCUCUCCAAUGAGCUACUCUUGACCCAGAUGGAGAAGUGUGCUCUCAUGGAAGCCCUAGUCCUCGUCAGCAACCAGUUCAAGGAUUACCCGCGGCAGAAGGUUUUCUUGGAAGAACUCAUGUCUCCUGUCACAACCUUGUGGCUGUCUGAAGAGAUGAGGAGAGUCCUGACCAAUCCUGAAGAGUUUGUCCGCUAUGUUGGUGCUGAUAAUAAACUUACAGACCCAGUCAUGGAAGAUCCCUGUGGCCUAAACCGUUCUAGAAUAAGCUUUUGUGUGUAUACCAUUCUGGGCGUUAUAAAACGGGCUCGUUGGCCUGCUUCCUUGGAAGAGGCGAAGGCUGGAGGAUUUGUGGUUGGGUACAUGCCUAAUGGCAGUCCAAUCUACCGUAAUCCCUGCUCUGUGCAGGUCCUGAAAAUGUUUGACAACUUGCUUGCUCUCAUAAGGACUCAUAACAAUCUGUAUAUGCCAGAGAUGGUGGCCCGGUUUGGGGAAACCUUUGCAAAGGCCUUAGACCUGCUAGAAGUGGAGAAGAAUGCCAUCCUAGGCCUUCCUCAGCCUCUGCUGGAAAUUUAUGACUCUCCUGUUUACAAAACAGUGUUGGAAAGGAUGCAGGGCUUUUUCUGUACCCUGUAUGACAACUGUUUCCAUGUCCUAGGGAAUGCUGGCUCAUCAAUGCAGCAAGAUUUCUACACAGUAGAGGGCCUAGCAGCUGAGCUGCUCAACUCUGCUUUUCUCAACCUAAACAACAUCCCUGACUAUAGACUCCGUGCCAUGCUUCGUGUGUUUGUGAAGCCCUUGGUCCUUUCCUGUCCAUCUGAACAAUAUGAAUCUCUUAUCUGUCCUAUACUUGAACCACUCUUCACCUACUUGUAUGUGAGGCUGUCCCAGAAAUGGCAGGUGAUCAACCAGCGAAGUGUGCUUUGCAGCGACGAAGAUACAGCAGAUGACAACCCAGAAUCCCAAGAGAUGUUAGAGGAGCAGCUAGUUAGGGUGCUUACCCGAGAAGUUGUGGAUCUAAUUGUUGUUUGCUGUGUCGCAAAGAAGGGUGCUGAGCAGAACAGUGCUGUUGCUGCAGAUGGAGAUGAUGAGGAAAUGAUGUCUACAGAGGUGACUCCACCAUCUAAUUCUGAGCUCACUGAAUUGGGCAAGUGUUUGAUGAAGCAAGAGAAUGUCUGCAGUGCACUGCUGAUUACAGCCUUCACAUCCCUUUCAUGGAAGGAUACAUUGUCCUGCCAAAGAACUACCGCAAAUCUGUGCUGGCCGCUGCUCAAGGAGGUGCUUACAAAGAACUUGAUGAUUCCUGAAGCAGUGACCUGGUUUUUCACAAGUGUGCUGACCGGUUUACAAAUACAUGGGCAACACGACGGGUGUAUGGCAGCUCUCGUUCACUUGGCUUUCCAGAUAUAUGAGACUUUGCGUCCACGGUAUACUGAGCUGAAAGCAGUGAUGGAACAGAUUCCAGAAAUUCAGAAAGACUCCCUGGAACAGUUUGAUUCCAAGAUACUCAAUGUAACGCUGCAGAAAGUAACAGACAAGCGCCGGAAGGACCAUUUUAAACGCCUGAUCGCAGGCUGCAUAGGGAAGCCCCUGGGAGAGCAAUUUAGGAAGGAAGUUCAUAUCAGAAACCUUCCCUCUCUUUUCAAGAAGGUGAAGGCACCCCUGGAUACAAAUCCAUUGGAUAAUGAAGAUGGAACCCUCAUUGCGCUCUUUGAGCAAUAGAAGCUCAGGACACUUUCACUACCCCCUUUUCUAUUCUGUGUUCUUUCACAGUAGCCAUUUGCCUUCUUUGUCUACUCUUCCCCUGUGUUUCGAUUCAGCUCUAUCACUGCCCCCCCAACUCUUUCUGCUUGGGAGGCUAGAGGAUUGAGUUGUCACAUCCCACCUACUACACAAAACCUGUUGGAUUUCCCCAUCUCCAUUUGCAGCUUUAUUGCACAACCUCAUUUUCCUUGGAUGGAGCCUAGCCAUUCAGCCCUAUCAAUCAGUGGACCAGUUCUGUAGGAACUAACUUUCACAUGGGCACACAAUGCUUUUC